AAUACUCAAUGGUCAAAAACUUUACACUAUAAGGAAGCCAUUUUAUGAUUCUUUGAACAUAAUAUAAGGUGGAUGUUACGUCCAUUUAAAGGUUUCUAAGGCACAUCAUCACAUACAAACUAUAAUGAUCAGAAACAGUAAUUGUAGCAGCAUAAGAAUGCAUCAUAUAUGGUUAUUUACCAUCAAAUUCAUAUACCUUUUCUAUUUUGCUGCAUCUCAGAACAAUAGCAAUACACAAGAACUACUUGAUUAUAGAUAUGCUUGUUUGGACCAAUCUUCUGUUGCUCCUUCCACCACAUACCAAACCAACCUCAACAAUUUGAUGUCUUCAUUAUCAUCAGAUUCUGCUACAAGUAAUGGUUUUGGAAAUAGAACUUCAGGUAGUGAUCAAAACAAUAAGGUUUACGGACUCUACUUUUGUCGUGGCGAUGUUAAUACAAGUCUUUGUCAUUCAUGUGUUCAAAACUCUAGCAGAUUGCUCGAACAACACUGUCCUAAUAAUGCUUCAGCAGUUUUGUGGUACCCCUUUUGUCUUGUGAGGUAUUCAAACAAUAAUUUCUUUGGUAACCUUACUAUAAGACCAAGGAUUCCUAUGUUUGAUGCAAAACAGAAUUUGACUAGUGCUGGUGAAUUUGAUAGUGAUGCUAGAAUUUUGAUGAAUGGUUUAAUACAAAUGGGAUCACAGACAGAUUUAAUGUUUGGAACACAUAUGUUUAACAUAAAUGGUACUCAAAGUAGGUAUGGUUGGGUGCAAUGCAGCAGAGAUAUUACUAAUGAGGAAUGCAGAACUUGUUUGAGUAACUUGCUUGAGGAUGUUGAAAAUUGUUGUAUGCAGAAGAAAGUGUGGAGAAUAUUUUCUCCAAGUUGUAUUAUGAUGUAUGAAACUCAACCAUUCUUUGUGAAUGGUACAAUUUCUGAGCCAGCCAAAGAAAAGGAUGACUCAAGGUCAUGGAUUAUCAUAGUCAUUGUUGUAAUUGGAAUAGCAGUCGCAGCCCUAUUGGCUUUCAGCGCAUACUAUUUCCGGUGCUUGAAACGUAAAAAAGAGAGAAAUUCUAUGCAAAUCCUUAGUCCAAUGUUUUCUCAAGAUCAGACUGACAUUGAGGAGACUGGAAAUACUGACCUACCUAUGAUGCCUCUGAGUACCAUUCUAAAGAGUACUAAUAAUUUUUCUGAUGAAUAUAAAUUGGGGAAAGGUGGAUUUGGAACUGUGUACAAGGGUGUUUUAGCAGAUGGAAGGGAAAUUGCUGUGAAAAGGCUUUCAAAAACUUCCGUUCAAGGUGUGGAGGAAUUAAAAAAUGAAUUAAUAUUGAUUGCCAAAUUGCAACAUCGAAACCUCGUGAGACUAUUGGCUUGCUGCAUUGAGCAAAAUGAAAAGCUUCUUAUCUAUGAAUACUUGCCUAAUUCAAGCCUUGAUUUCCACCUAUUUGAUAUCGUGAAGGGUGCAAAACUAGAUUGGAAACAGCGAUUAAAUAUUAUUAAUGGGAUUGCUAAAGGGAUUCUAUAUCUUCACGAGGACUCUAGGCUUAGAGUUAUUCACAGAGAUUUGAAAGCUAGCAAUAUACUGUUAGAUCAUGAAAUGAAUCCAAAAAUAUCAGACUUUGGACUGGCAAGAGCAUUUGGAGGAGACCAGGAUGAAGCAAAUACAAUUAGAGUUGUCGGAACUUAUGGAUACAUGGCUCCAGAAUAUGCUAUGGAAGGAUUAUUUUCGGUGAAGUCAGAUGUUUUCAGCUUUGGUGUUCUUUUGCUAGAGAUCAUAAGUGGAAGAAAAAACAGCAAAUUCUAUCUUUCAGAGCCUGGACAAAGCCUUCCCAUAUAUGUAUGGAACCUUUGGUGCAAAAGAAAAGGUUUGGACUUGAUGGAUCCAUUGAUAGAAAAGUCAUGUGUACCUAGUGAAUAUCUGAAGUGUAUACAUAUUGGACUAUUGUGUGUACAAGAAGAUGCAGCAGAUAGACCUACAAUGUCAAGUGUUGUUCACAUGCUUGCAAGUGACUCGGCGACUCUUACCAGCCCUACACGCCCUGCAUUUUCUGUUGGAAGAGGUGACGUCCAACGAGCUGUUGUUGACCAAGAGUCUUCAUCAAACACUUCUAUCUCUGCAAAUGAAGUAACCUUGUCUGAAUUGAGGCCAAGAUGAACAAUGAAACUGGACAUGUUUUUCAUCUUAUAGCUUUUGUAGGAUUCAGAAAACUUGUAGGUAAUUGUAAGUUACUCAAAAGAAAGAACAUCAUGUUUAGGAAGGUUGGAUACAGUUUGGUGUGUAAAAAUGAUCGAGUCUUAGACAAUAUAUAUCUUAGGUAUUUGUUAUGGCUUAUGCCAUUUUGUACAGCACAUUCUUGUAUUUUUCAGACAAAACUUUUUUCAUUCAUGGGAAAAGCUUUGGGUUGUUGUCAAUUGACCUCUGAAUUCAUCUA